CACACCAUAGGAUUUUAUCAUGAACAUGCUAGACGAGAUCGUGAGAAAUUCAUUCGUAUUAAUUCUGACAAUAUUCUCGAUGACAUGCAGUCUAAUUUUCAAGAAGCUGUGUAUUCCACUACCGAAACAUUGUAUGAUUUAGGUUCUGAUAUGCAUUAUGGACCCAAGUAUUUCAGUGGUAAUGGUGAGAAUACUAUUGAUGCUAUCGAUCCUGAUUUAGCGUUUUUAAUGGGAAGACGAGAUGGUUUGUCAUUUCUGGACACAAAAGCAGCUAAUAUCGCUUAUAAUUGUGCAGGUUGGUCCAAUUUCAAUUAA